GUACUCACAAACAGCUAUUUUAUUCCAUUUUCUUGAGAGCUUUCAGAUUGUGUGGUUGAUCCUUGUUCUCAUCUUCUUCUCCUUAUCCUCCCCCAUUCUGUAACACCCCGCUUCUCUGAAUCCCUUUCUGUUAAUCAUCUGUCUUUCAAGCUAAGAUUUUUGGGUCUGUCUUUUAACUCAUCCAGAAGAAUUUCUCGAAAGCCAGGUGUUUUCAGAAACGAGAUCCAGGUUUUACGCAUCAUUCUCGUAAUCUGCUUCUAAAAUUUUUAAUUUUUUCCUCAUCUUGUUCUCAACUUUGAAAUCAGCCAAGAGGGUUAUUUUUGAUCCCUCAAAGCAUUUCUCUUUUUUAAAAUCCCGGGAUUGAAGAGGUUGUCUAUUAGAAAUCUCUAUCAUCCUUGCUUUGUUGUAGAAAAGAUUUUUAUUUUGGGUUUAAUUUUUGAGUCUUAAUUAAUUAACCAUAAAACCUGUUCUUCAGUUUUAGAAAGACGCAGGUACAAUUAUGGCAGCUAUGAUGGAUUUUUACACCAGCGCACAAUUUCACUCAGAUCCCUUCAGGGGUGAACUAAUGGAAGUUCUUGAACCUUUUAUAAAAAGUCCUUCCUCAACCCCCUCUCCUUCUUCUUCUCCUUCUACAAACUCAUAUCUACCUUCUACUUCUUUCUUCCCCUCUUCUCCUUCUCUCCCUAGUUUCUACACAGAUGGUUGCUCAACAUCGAUGGCCCAUGUAUUUGCAGAAGGGUUAUCAAACAGCCAAAACCUAAUAGGCUUCGAGCAACCAAGCUCUGUGCUUGGCCUCAACCACCUAACCCCAUCUCAGAUCGCACAGAUCCAGGCUCAAUUCCAGUUUCAGAAUAUAUCAUGGCAGCAACAGCAGAAUCACAACACCCUAAGCUUCCUCAGUCCAAAGCCAAUCCCAAUGAAGCACGUGGGCAUGCCUCCAAAACCCACAAAGCUUUACAGAGGGGUUAGGCAAAGACACUGGGGAAAAUGGGUCGCUGAGAUCAGACUCCCAAAGAACCGCACAAGGCUCUGGCUGGGAACCUUUGACACUGCCGAAGAAGCUGCUCUGGCUUACGACAAAGCCGCUUACAAGCUCCGAGGUGACUUUGCUAGGCUCAACUUCCCCAACCUCCGACACCAAGGAUCCUCUGUCGGUGGAGACUUCGGGGAGUACAAGCCUCUUCAUUCCUCUGUUGAUGCCAAGCUUCAAGCCAUUUGCGAAGGCUUGGCUGAGUUGCAGAAACAGGGGAAGUCAGAGAAGCCUUCGGGCUCUUCCAAAAGGUCGCGAUCGAAGCUUCCUCCGCCUGAGAAUGUUGAAGCUUCCUUGUCUCCGGUUGCGACCGAGAGCGAGGGCUCUGAAGGUUCUUCUCCCCUUUCGGAUCUUACUUUUGCUGAUGUGAGUGAACCACAGUGGGAAGGUGAUUCGGAUAAUUUUAAUCUCCAUAAGUACCCCUCUUAUGAGAUCGACUGGGAUUCUCUGUGAAGCCGUGUUUGGUAGUUCUAUAUGGUUUGUAGCAUGUUUUCCUAGUAAAGGGUCUCUCAUGCGUCGUCUAGUUUAGUAGUAUAGUAUAUUUGUAGGUCUUAGUGUCUAGUGUCUUAGGUGGCCACUGCAAUGGAAUUUUUGACAAUUGCAGGGCUACAUAUAAAUAUUCUGUUAAUAUCUUGUAUAAUCUCUCUCUACCUUGGGUCAGAGCUGGUUUUUUUCUUGCUUGCCCGGGGAGAAUUACUCCAGUUAUGUUUCAAGUCUUCAUGUAAUCUACUUGCAUUUCAUAUUAUGAAAUAUGGAUUUUGUACUA